AUGACUGCCUUCGGACCAGCUUCCGCCCCAUCUGGUGGGUCAUCAUCCCACUCUCCACCGCAUUCGUCACCCAGUGCCGGAGGGACACCGUCCCACACCCCAUCCCACUCCGACGCCCCAUCCCCCUCCGCACCCACUACCGGUGCACCCCAGUCCCACUCUAGUGGCACCGCCCAGAUGAGGGCUGACUAUGCCCCCACCGAUCGUGUUGUUGCCCUUAGGGCCUCGAAAGAGAGUGAGCAAGCUCUUCAUGAGCCUCUGAACCCACUGAACAACCGUGCUGGGGGCAACCGUCACGCUACCUUGAUCGACCGCUCUGGUCCCGAUCGCGUUGCUGCCCCUAGGGCCUCGAAAGAGAGUGAGCAAGCUCUUCGUGAGCCUCUGAACCCACUGAGCAACCGAUCGGGGGAUCACCGACACCAUGUCGCACCGAACGAACUACCAGCUUCGGCUCCCAAUCCGCCUUCCAGCCGACGCUCGAAGAAAAAGCAGGCCAUGGCCACCGCCGCUCCUUCCACGUCUACCCCGGCGCCACCCUCUACUCCAUCUUCCCCCACUAAGCCUGCAGUGAAGGAUGCUGCAGUGGAAGACCGAGCAUGGCGCACCGAAUGGUAUUCCUCUCACCCCCGCAGCGAACGCAGUCGCCCCACGGAAGCUGAAUUUGCAGCGGCCAUGGCGAUCUUCAAUGACUCGGACGUCGACCCUGCCUCACAACGCAUGGCAGCAAUGAAAGGAUUGCCUACCCCGGUGCAGGAUGAGUACCCCAUGCUGAUCUCAUGCAAGUCGGCUGCAGCGACGUUCCCGCUACAAAUCAUGCUCGACUGCUUGGCCGCAGGGAACCAACCCAGCGCCUGGACGGAUGCGAAGCAAUAUUGCCGCAACUUCAAGCGCAUCAAGAACGUCGGAAUUGGUUUCACCUGCACUGACCGCGACCUCGUUUCUCGCCUCGGCGGACUCGUCCUCAAGAUAUGCGGGCGUCCCUUCACCGUCAAGAAAUACUCCGAAUACCACCACCUCUACUGGGUCGAUGUUGUACUAUCUGACUCAACGAUGCCAUCUGACGUUUGGGACUAUUUCAUGGCGCAUGGAGAUCAACCGGUCCUCCUUCAAUCAUCCUUCUCCAAGAAUGCGAUUCAUUCCAAGCACAUCACGGUCUACUUCGGCAACCAACGCGUCCCGGCAUGCCUCCUCCUGGGCGCAGAUGACCCAGUGCGCGAGAUCAUGAUCAAGGACCAAAUCUGCAUUGUUACCCACAAACUCUCCAAGUUCAACCUUGUCACCCCACCAUCCAUCCAGCAACGUUCUACCAAACCUAGCGGUCGUUCGACACCCAAGACUAAGGCAAUGUCUCGAUCAGAGGCACCACCUGCCAACCACACUACGGCGGAUGCAGCAAUGGUCGACCCUGUCGACCAAGACAUGGAUGCCGAUGAUGCCGCCCUCACCAAGCCCUCGCUACCUACAACGGAACACCACACGGCCUUUGAAGAUGAUGGCGAUGACGACUCUGAGUACUUCCCUGGCUCUGGUGACGAAGACUCGGAUGCUGAUGAUGCAUCCGGCGAUGACGCCAUGUCAACGGACGCGGAUUUCAUGCCAUCCCCUCGACCACCGCGUCCAGUUGUCCGCCCCGACUUCCUGCACCAUGAGCCAGCAGCCGCCAUCACCCCCCCUCUACGCAACCCUCCUCCGUCUAGCCAGCUUUGGGAACGCGCAUCUUACUCCCGCAGAGCGGUCAUUCUCAACUACCCACCACCUCCUACUCCCACGUAUGCUGUCGAAGUUGCCAUCGAUCAUACGCCAGGGGCCGUGGUCCACGCCUUCCCCGAAGGAUACAACAGAUACUCGGUACUGGCGUACCCCUCCAACGAAGACAACCUUGCACCCUUGCUGGACAUUACAGUGGCUGACACUCCCGGUAUCUACCCAGCCUUCCCUGUGAAGACGUAUGCAAGCACUUUCGAUGACUUGCCCACCUUGAACACCACUGUGGAAUCCAUGUCCAUCGCGGAAGUGAACGCCUUCAUCUCAUCCUUUGUGGCCAAGUACGCGCGAUGCGACGACCCAACGAAAUCGCUCACCCUUAUCCAAGGACACCCCGGCUUCGCAGCGCCUCUUUUUGAUGCAAAGCAACCCACCAACUUCGAAGUCAUCACGAAGAAGCUCCCCGGUCACGCCCUGCAACGUCUCAUCCAGAGAGAGCUUCCCCACAUCGACUACGCCACCACCAUAGACCAGCACUUUAACUCCCAAGUCGUUCCGUGGUGGUAUUUCGUGUUUCCAUCCGAUGAUCCUGCUCCAACACCCCUCUCCGCUCUGCUACGCCACGUGGACACGGACGCACUGCACCUGCACUCCGCACUCGCCCUAGUCUGCCUAUUUCUGCAGAUCUGCCAGCCUGAGUUGUACUUCAACACGCUCAAGAUCCAUGCGGUGCUUUCGGGACUAGCACCACCCCCAAGUGUUGCCGUUGCUACCCUAGCAGCUCUGCCGCAUUUUCUCCUUACCGACGCCGUCCUUGUGUCGAUCGCCGCGUCACCCAUUGGUCACAUGCUAAUGACCUCCAACAUUCACCCCGACGUCAAGGCUGCACUCUCGACACUGGCCACACUCUACCCCCUCCCUACCCACCACGUUCACGGCUUCCGCGCUUAA